AUGGGAGGCGGAACGUCCAGGACAGAACCUCCACCGGCAGGCCGAAGAGAUCCGGAUUUUACCCGGUUCAAGGCGAGAGUCGAUCGAGUGUACAUAGGAGGCCUAAAUCGAACGCACGACGACUACGUACAGCGUGCUGCACGUCAUCUGUUCAAGGCGCAGAACUUCCAGGACGUUAUCGUAGAAACGGCAAACGUCAAGGAUGAGCUGUUGCGAUUAGGUAUCUAUAAGAACUUGCGUAUCUCGAUCGAUACCAGCAAAGGUGAAGGAGCGAGCAAAAACGGCUACACAGUGUCGUUUGCGGGCGAGGAACUUUCCCGGAUAACUGGAAACGUUGGUGUAGAAGUUGGCCAAAACGAUGGAGCAGCUACGACCGAACUGGUGACACCAAACUUGUUCGGACGCGGCGAACGGUUAAGCAUCAAUUUGAGCCGCAGUUAUGUGCGCAACAGUGUAGUGAAUAUGAAGCUCACCAAGCCCUUCCUGCAUACGGCCGUGGGCGAUUACGAACCAGAAACCUCAUUUACCUUGUUCCGGAAUGCGUCACCCCAUCCUUGGUCCAAGUAUCGUCUGCAAGACAAUGGCAUGCUGUUCGAUUUUUCCUUCGCCAUACCGUCACUUGGCUUCAGCAAUAGUCUCCAGUAUGAGCUGGGCAUGAAAGAACUGUUUGCGCUCGACAAACAGACACCGUUCUUCGUGCGCGAACAUUGCGGCCCCCGGCUCGUGUCCACCUUCCGCUACAUUGGCCAGUACGACGGACGGGACGAUAGCGUGUUCCCUUCGAACGGUGUGUAUGUGAAGGGUACGGCCGAACUGAUCGGCAGCCAGCUGUCCCAGCUCGGUAUCGUUCGGCAUGAGAUGCACGGCGAGCUGAACGUGCCGCUGUUUCUGGGUGCCUCGUUACAACUGUGCGGCCGGUUCGGUGCGAUACUGCACGACAAGCGCAAGGAAACGUUACCCAUUCAUCAGCUGUUUUUCCCCGGUGGACCACAAACGCUGCGAGGUUUCGAGCUGGCUGGAGCCUGUCCACGGCGGGACGGUAUUGCGGCCGGUUGUCAAUCGUACUGGGCGACAGGAUUGCAUCUGUGGAGCCCGUUACCGUUCAAUCAGUACUUUGGAGGUCUUGGCAAUCUGUUCAGGACGCACGCAUUCUACAAUAUUGGCACAUGCAAUACUAACACCACAGAUAAACUGCGCAGCACGGCCGGCAUCGGUAUUGCAUUCCGGAUGGGGCAGAAAGCGCGUAUCGAAUUCAACUACUGCCAACCGCUUUCGUACGAAGCGGGCGAUCGCGUGGUGAAAGGAUUCCAGUUCGGUAUUGGUUACGAAUUCAUCUAG